GAUUUAAUUUCUGACGUCAUUCAGGAAGAAAGCGAACAGCGAGAUGGCAGGGCGCAGAGGCAAAGGUUCCAACCCUUUUGAUAGUGACGAUGAAGACGAUCCAUGGGGGUCAGGUAGUUCAUCAAGAACGUCAAACAGCUAUGGAGAUGGAAACCGAGGUCCCAGUGACGCUGAUUCCAGACGAGAAUGGCUUAUGCAACAAAAACUGGCAGCACAAGAGAGAACAUUGGAAAGCACACAGAGGAGUAUGGCCAGCUUGUACGAGUCGGAAAGAAUGGGCAUAGAUACGGCUGAAGAACUUGUUCGACAGGGAGAACAACUCGACAAUAUUGAAACUAAAGUAGCAAGAAUAAAUCAAGACACUAAAACUUCCCAAAAACACUUAAACAAUAUCAAAAGUAUUUUUGGUGGUAUAAAGAACUGGUUUUCUAAAGACAAAGAGCCACCAGCAACAAUACCAGAAAGAGAACCAAGUUCUUUGCAGACUUGGGUUGAGGGUCAGUCAGGUCGGGACGACCUCCAAGAGAGAGAUCAUAAUCCAGAUAAUCACCCUGCCAUGAGAAUAAGGAACUCUGAGGGCCGUGGGGCAGUAGGGGGUACAGGGAGAGGUCAGACACAAGCCUAUGGUGGGAAGAGGGAUGCCUAUGAUGAGCAAGUGGAUAAAAAUUUGGAUGAAAUGUCAGGGGUGCUGUCCCGACUGCAGUUCUUGGGAAAAGGACUGGGAACAGAAAUUGAUCGUCAAAAUGAACAGAUUGACAGAAUUGACUUAGCAACUGAAAAAGCAACAACCAAUGUGGAUGACCAGAACAAACAAAUGAGGAAAAUUCUUUACAAGUAAUCCAUAUUUGACAAAAGUGUAAGAAAGAAAGAUAAAGAAGAUGUCAUCUUUCUUAAACAAUUAGUGAGGAUCAUUAUAUGAAUCUAGGAAUACUCUGCCUUAAUGAAGAAUGUGGGAGUAAAGGAUUCUUGACUAAGUUCAGAAAUCAUUACUGAAUUUCAUGCUGUGAAUGUUAUUACUGUAUGCAAGUGAUAUGUACAAUACAGGAAUGUCCCUUGAUUACAAAAUAAUAUAAAAUUAAGAACAUUUAGGUGCAGCAAUAAUCUUCCAGAAAUUUUGUUUCUUUUCUGGUAGAAACAAAUUUCAUAGGGAUUGCUCAAGAGUAGUGUUAAUAGUUAAAAGUAGUAGUAUUUUAAUCAAGUAUUAACAAUAGCAGUCACUCAGAAAAUCCAUUUUGUAUAGAUCCCAUGUAUGAAGUACUUGGAGAGAAGUAUUGUCUGUACCACUCCAUAUUUUUGGACUUCUUCUUUUAGCAUUAUUUACUAAGGCAUUCCAACAAGGCUAUAUUGUAUAGGUUUGGACAUUUACAUUUUUCCGUUUUAAAAAUGCAAUGCUUUGCUAAGCAUUAUUUCAGAUCUUUCAAACUGGCCUUAAAGAGGUAUAUAUACAAAUCAUUCUUCCAUCAGUCCAUUACAAGACCAAGUCAUGUGACGCACCACUAGGUUUAGACUUUUGUUGAAAAAUCAAUGCUAAUGCCAUCAUGCACAGUUUCAACUAUUGAAUGUUGACUGAAGGAAUAUGCUGGGCAGAGGAGAAUGACCAUAGGUUACCUUCAGUUGCAGUAUAAAAGUAGAAAUGAUCUUUUGAAAAUAGUAUUCACUGGGCUCACACCUGAUUUAUACUUAAAUUGUUACAUGUUGCUUUACGGUGUAGAUAGAGAUUUGUAUUUUGUGCAACAGUCAUCUUUUUACUGUACACCUUGACACAUUUAUAACCUUAAAGGGAAGUGUUAAGAGACAAUCAUUUCAGUAGUGACCUGUAUGAAAAAUGUAAACUGUUUCUGUGAGUAACAGUGCCUUGAGCAUUAAAAUGUUGAAAUGAGCAUUAAAGCCUGUGUAACACUAUAACUAUUAAACAUUUACUCUUUGUGAGCAUGUAAGAUAUUCGGCUGUAAUGAUAAUAAUCAAAAAUGAUAUAAGAAAUAAAUAGAUAUCACAAGUCCUCAAACACUGGGGUUCACAACUUGUGACCCUGACAGGCCAAUUUCAGCCGUUUCUAAUUUUGUUGCUGCUCCCGUCUGGUUACAGUGAGGAUGUAUUGUGUUAACCUUUUCAAAUCUCAGUGGCAAGAAUUUCUUUGUAUUCUGGAUGCAAUAUUGGUGGUCAUCCAUGUAUCAGUUAAAUAAAUGUUUGAUUUUCAUAACAAAA